AUGGCUCUCAGAACACUGACCGCGAAGCGUGCUGCUGCACUUGAUAAAGAGCUCAUGUCGACUGGCGGUUUCUCGCUCGACCAGCUUAUGGAGCUCGCAGGCCUUGCCGUUGCCCAAGCCAUCUACAAAACCCACCCCCCCAGCACCCACCCGCGCCUCCUCAUCGCCUGCGGGCCCGGCAACAACGGCGGCGACGGCCUCGUCGCCGCCCGCCACCUCCACCUCUUCUCCUACAAGCCCACCGUCUACUACCCCAAACCCUCCAAAGGCGAGCACUUCACCCGCCUCACCACGCAGCUGCACUCCCUCCACAUCCCAUUCACCACCGACUUCCGCACGGCGCUCAAAGACACGGACCACGUCGUUGACGCCCUCUUUGGGUUCUCGUUCGAUCCCUCGGGCGGGAUACGUGCGCCAUUCGACGACGCGAUCAAGGCAAUGAGUGAGGAGGGGGUGGGGGUCACGAGCGUGGAUGUGCCGAGUGGGUGGGGGGUUGAUGAGGGUGAGGGAGAGUUGAAGCCGGAUGUGUUGGUGAGUUUAACAGCGCCGAAGGGGGUGGUGAGGGGGUUUCGGGGGAGGCACUUUAUUGGGGGGAGGUUUGUGGGGGAGGAGUUGGCGAGGAGGUGGGGGGUGGGAGUGCCGCCGUAUGAGGGGACGGAUCAGGUUGUGGAGGUGCCGGUGGGGGAUGUGGUAGUUGUGGAUGGGGAGGGGGCGGAGCAGGGGAGGGAGAAGUUGUAG